UUUGUAUGCAUCAUUGUAAAUGUUGCCUCUAAAUGAGGUAAAACCAAAGUAAACUACACUCAGCUAGUGAAAAUGCACGCUGACUAUGCUGAGAAAGGUUUACACAUCCUGGGCUUCCCAUGCAACCACUUUGGAGGACAGGAGCCAGGUGCUGAAGCAGACAUUAAGAAGUUUGCUAAAGGUUACAAUGUUGAAUUCGACCUCUUCAGUAAGAUCAACGUUAAUGGCAGUGACGCUCAUCCUCUGUGGAAGUGGAUGAAGGCUCAGCCCAAAGGCGGAGGACUCUUUCUCAAUGCCAUCAAAUGGAACUUCACAAAGUUUCUCAUAGAUCGAGAAGGUCAAGUGGUGAAGAGAUAUGGUCCAACAGACGAUCCCGUUGUGGUGGAGAAGGACCUGCCAAAGUACCUGUAACCGUCCUAUAAAUGUUAGUGUGACUCCUGGCCUCUCUCAUGGACUUCAGGGUAUUUGUGUGUGUGCCUGGACCAGUGACGGCCUGUCCGUAAACCCAGCUUUGGGAAGGACAUGGCCUGAUGAUCCUCAGCGUGCAACUAAACUCCAGAGCCCACCCCAAAUCUCUGAAUGACCAUGUGAGAGCACAGUCAGACUUACACAACGGAACAACCCUCCCACUCCGUGAUUCACACUGAAAACAGCCAUUCCUUUUUCUUAGUCAUCAUGAUCUUAACUGACUCGUUUCUUUGUGCAUCAGUGUUUAUUUCCAUGUACCUUGUUCUGUUUCGCUCAGAUUUCUGUCAAGCUACUGAUUUCAAUUAUUUGAACAGCAGG